AUGACGGCGUCGCCCUCUGCGAAUGGGGACGAUUUGUUCGGCGGAAUGUCGGCCUCGCCCGCAGGAAACGCGGAUCUGUUCGCUGGCAUGUCGGCCUCGCCGGUCGCCGAGCCGGCUGCGGAGCCGGUCGCGGAACCGGAAGAGGAAGAUUUGCUGAAUCUGAACGCGGUGAGCACCAAGACGGACAAGAAAUCGAUGUGGGGCAAGAUGUCGUUUGGUCGGAAAUCCGCGACGUCGGCGCAGCCAGCGGCUCCCGCUGCGGAUUCUGAGAAGAAGAAGGGAGGAUUCAGCCUGGGCUCGUUCAUGAAGAUCGGAUCGAAGGGCCCGAGCACGUUCCCCGGACCGGAAGAGAUCGACUUGUCGGAGGGAAUGGACAGCGAGGCGAUGAAUUUGCUGUUUUCGAACUGGAAAUUCCCUGAGAAUCACAAGACGAGAAUUCGAGCGUGGAUCGCCGAUGUGGUGAAUGGAGAGCCCAUUACCGAGCUGCAUAAUAAGGGGUUUAAUCUGAGCAGUGUGAAUGGGUUUGUAGCGGGAGGAUUUAGGAAUUGUGUGGUUCCGAUGAUGCAGAGAAGACCUGAUGUGAAUGUGCUGUUCACAGAGACUCCUUUGAAGAACGACACGUAUAGUAUUCGUUUGCAGGCGUUUGCCCAGUAA